GACUAACACUGCAUUAAGAUGAGGCUCAUGAGCGGGUCACCGUAAGCGUCGGGAAAACUCCGGCCCCAUGUGACAUCGACACGCCUGCGCGCUCCUGAAUUACGAGCGCAACGGCCAGACUGUCACCAAGCUGACAGCAAACGCCACGACUCCAGCCAGCAACACCAACAAAGCUCCGAACACGGCAAUCCAGGCUCCGGAUCCAUCUACAACCGCCCUUCCGGCUUCAUCUGCAGCAGAGCGCUUGCCAAUACACAAUGGCGGGGUCCGGAUACGACGCCGUCGUCGACGUCGACGAUGAGGGCGACCUCGGUCACACCGAUCUCCAGGAAGACCUCGAAUUCCACACGUCCAACUUCAACGACACGACGCCGGGCGCCCGCAAGCCCCCCUCGGGCGGCCUUCCCGCGCCGGCCACUGCGUCAGGCCCCGGUUCAUCGAAGCGUUUCCUCUGGUCCAUGUCAUUCUACGCGCAGUUCUUCGAUGUCGACACCUCGGCUGUCUUGUCACGCUGCUGGGCCGCGUUGUUCCCUCGCGCCAACUUCCUCGAUGUGCUCGAGGGCAACCCCGACUUGUACGGGCCCUUCUGGAUCGCCACGACAGUCGUCCUGAUCCUGUUCCUGGGCGGCACUAUCAGCCAGUACCUGUCUUCUACCGGCAAGGCGCCGUUUCUCUAUGAUUUCAGGCUGCUGAGUGGCGCCGCCGGACUCAUCUACGGCUACACCCUUUUCAUCCCCAUGGGCCUAUUCUUGGCCCUCCGCUACUUCGGCAGCGAGUCGGCCAAUCUUCUCGAAUGUUGGGCUCUUUACGGGUACUCCAACCUCAUCUGGAUCCCCGUCGCCCUCAUCAGCUCCUCGCCCCUCUCCGUCCUCAACUGGAUUUUCGUCGCCGUCGGCUUCGCCAUGUCCGUCGCCUUCCUCCUGCGCAACCUGUACCCGGUGCUCAGUGCCACCGACCGCCAGGUCAGCAAGAUUCUGCUCGUCGUCGUCAUCGUUCUGCACGCCGGUCUCGCCCUCGCUAUCAAGAUCCUCUUCUUUGCCCACGGCAGCCCCGUCGCUAGCAAACCCAAGGACGGCGAUGACAAGAAGGGCAGCAGCUAGUCAGCUCGUACUUUAGGAGGAGGAAUGAGAAUCAGGAAUUCAAGGGACGAUGAUUUUCGAACUGCAAUGUACAAGAGUGUACCUAUGUUUUCAGCCUGCGGGCACGGGUUGGGCCACGGACGAGCCCACGCAAGGGGAACCAUGAUAUUUUCAGUACUGUAUUUUUACAAUAGACACAGGUAGCGCAUCCAUC